CGUUCAUGUCGACUUCAGCUCCCGGUGCGGAUCGCAUCUCACUGGCUAGCUCCUGGCAUGGCGUGAGUCUCGACGAGUGGAGCGGGCAACUCACAGACUCAACUCGCCGACCGAGGGAGAUGACGAGGAGCAACGGAGAUCAUGCUCCAUCUGUGAAUACAUUUGUUGUGGAGGCUGCUUACGGACGUCGCUCAGUGACGCUCUCAACGAGCGGCCAAGUGGAAGUUGCCACCUCUACUGACGAGCAUUCGGACCUUGCAUCAUACUCUCGCGCAACUUACGAAACAGGAAUUGAAGAUGGCAUUCUGCUUGCAGCAAAUGCAGAGGUUGCUGCCCUUGUGAGCUCCCUUCGCAUGACACUAUCCAUAAUCGACCUUCGGGAUGGAUUCAUCGAGGACUGCCAGGGUGUCGACAGUAUCGUACACAGUGCGAAAUGCUUCACACUAAGGGCUCGACAGAGCUUUGUCGCAGUAGCCUAUGACACAAGCGUUGACAUUCUCUUCCAAAGCAGGUAUGAGCACGAUAGCGCCCUCAUGCGGUCGUGGCAAUUCGUGCGACGUAUUUCCAUCGUGGACCUUGGAGUGAACAUUACAGGCCUGGCAUGGCAAGCAGACGGAUCGUUGGCUGUCGCUGCGGGCACGGCGCUGUUUAUUGCAGGCCCGCAAGCAGUUCUUGACCAGAUUGACAGCCACGUGUUGGAGUCAGCAGACGUCCCCGAAGAGUCCAAGACUGUGCAGCUUCCUGUGUUAGCGCACCACCUCAGCAGACAUUUGCCUGCCUGGCAUCCGAGUACAUUGGAGAGACUCGUGUUACAUGGCCAUAGUUGGGCCGCAGUUUAUUUGCUGAAGACACUUGCUUCCAAGCUCAAGUUCUGGAGUACUGGAGAUGAGCUCGAUCAUAUGUUGGGUGCAGAUCCCCAGACCCUGCUUGAACGUACAGACGAUGCUUGGCUCGAUGAAGAGACUGCCAACGAGCUCAAAGAUCAGCUUGACGAGAAGGAGUUGCCGGCGAUAUUGCGAAAAGAUCAGCGGCGCUUGAGCAAUGUCAUUGACGCUCUUCUGUAUUUGCGCGAUCACCAUAAUGGCCUCGAUCAUAAUGCUUUGUGGUACCUGUUUACAUGGAAACUUCAACUUCUGCCGCACCAGGCAAGGGAAAGACAGGCCAAUACUAACACGCAAGCUGAAAUACAAUACACCCACGACCAUGGGUUUGUACCCGAGAUGUCAUGGCGUGAAAUCGUCAUGGCGUACCAUAGUACUUCGCAACAGCCGCUGCUGGACAUUCUGAUCUUACACUAUGACAACAAGCUGACUUGGGAUAUCGCGAAACGUCUCGGUAUCAUGGCGUGGCUUCAAGAUCGAGAAGCGCUCAUGCAGGCCUUUGAGCAGAUGGCGCAGACCGCAUAUCGCUCGACUUCCCCACCAGAUCCCACGCACGCUGCCAUCUACUACCUGGCCUUACACAAGAAGCAGACUCUGGCGGCUCUCUGGCGAAUCGCCACGUGGCAUCGUGAGCAGAGGUCAACGACCAACUUUCUCAAAAAGGACUUCAGCCAACCCGAUGCCAAGACAGCUGCGAAAAAGAAUGCAUAUGCGUUGAUGGGCAAACGGCGUUUCCACUAUGCAGCAGCAUUUUUUCUUCUUGCUGACAAUGCGGCUGAUGCUUGCAAUGUGCUCGCAGGACAGUGUGAUGAUGUACAGUUCGCGAUUGCUGUAGCAAGAUUGUAUUGCAGUGACGGGUCCGAAGUCCUGCGGGAGGUUCUCGCUGAUCGAAUCCUUCCGGAAGCGAAGAAGGACGGUGAUCGCUGGUUGAUGAGCUGGUGUCAUUCAGUACGCCUUGAGAAAAUGCAAGCUGUGGAGAUCUUGGUACAGCCUAUUGAGGGAAUCGUCAAAGUGUGGCAGCGAGAUGACCCUGCGACCUUGCUCCUAUAUACACAGCUGCGGAAAACGCCGAGUGAGCAUGAGUAUACCGCUGUGCUACGUUCUGCCAAGAUAUUGGGACGCAUGGGACUUGCCGUUCUUGCUUUGGAUGUGAUUAGAAGUUGGAAGUUCACUGCUCGCACUCUGCCUACCACAAAUGGUCUGUCCAACGGAACUCUCGCGACCCUGCCUGAUCGUACGGUCAGCGAGCCUGUUUCCACGCCCGCUGAACAUGCCGAACCUCCUUCGCUACUCAACGGUUUCGCGGAUCCUGCACCGGCACAGUCUGCGCCCAUGGACGAGAAGGCUGCACGGGAGGCAAAAGCAGCUGAGUUGCUGGCCAAGAUCCAGGCCAAGAAGAACGCUGCGAAGCCGAAGGCAGAAGGGGAGGAGGGUGGCAAAGAGGAGAAGGAUCGACGGCAGCCCACGCAGUUCAAGGAGCCUGAUGCUAAUAGUCUGUUGGACUCGUUUGGCUUUUAAUUUUUUGUAAGAUGUAUAUAUGUCCGUUAUGAGCGUAGCGAGGCGUUUCGAGGUUUCGUGAAUCAAUUCAUCCAUGCUGUUGUUGUACUGUUGAUGCAUACUACUUUUUU